AUGAGCAGCGGUGGCAGCAUGUCAGCGGCGCUGGCGAGGUCCAGCGGUGGCAGCAUGUCCCCGGCGAUGGCAUGGUCACCGUCAUCCAGGAGGGGGGAGCACAGGAACGGCGGCGGCCGCUUCAGGGCGGAGAUCGAGAUGGACACGGGCGUUGCCCUUCCCAGGGGCCCGGAGCUUGGGUUCGCCGCCGCCGUGCGAGAGCCGCUGGUGAGGCUGCAGCGCCCCAAGUACGACUUCGAGAGGUGGGACUGGGGCUACUUCGCAUGGCCGCACGACCGUCUCGACGCCAAUAUGGAGAUGAGGGACAGCGAUCCGAGGGCGACAUUCGAGGCGGACUCCAAGGUGACAGAGAGCUUCCUGAGCCGGAGCACACUGCUGCUAGAGGCCGGCGAAGGCUUCCCGAGCCAGAGUUCGCCGCAGCUAGAGGCGAGCGAGGGCGGCUUCACGGUCCAGAGCAUGCUGGAGCCAGAGGCCGGCCAGUGCUGCCUGUGUCAGAGCACGCUGCAGCUGGGGGCCGGCCACGGCCAGUGCUUCCUGUGUCAGAGCACGCUGCAGCUGGAGUCCGUCCACGGCCAGGGCUUCCCGAGCCAGAGCACGCUGGAGCUAGAGGCCGCCGAGGGCUUCCUAAUAAGCGAGAGCUGGCCGCAGCCGGAGGCGAGCGAGGGCUUCCCGAGUCAGAGCACGCUGCAGCUCGAGGCCGGCGAAGGCUCCCCAAGCGGCCGGAGCAUGCUGCCGGUAGAGUUCGACGACGACACGCCCCUCGGACGCUACGCGCCGUGGCGUCGGGGAUGCGCAGAGUCCAACCCGUUCCUGCUUGACCAUUGCAUGGCACCGCAAGAUCGUUGGGCAUACUAG